GUAGAUGACUGCUUAAAGAGUAUGGCGUCCGAGGAGGAGGCCAUACUUAUGGUCAAACAUCUUACUGCCCUUUGCCAGAGAGGAGGGUUUACUCUAACAAAAUGGACCAGCAACAACCGUGUUGUAUUACAAACUUUGCCCGAGGAACAUAGAGCAAAGGAUUUGAAGGAACUAAAUCUAGAUAUGGAUAAACUUCCUCUCGAGCGAGCUCUGGGCUUACAGUGGUGUGCAGAGACAGAUUCGUUCAAUUUCAAAAUGGAAAUCCAUCAAGCAUCUUGUACCAGACGUGGAAUGUUGUCAGUGUCCAGUUCAGUGUACGACCCGCUUGGCUUUCUUGCACCUGUUCUUUUGCCUGCUAAGAUCAUGUUGCAGGAGCUUUGCCGAAGAAACUUCGGAUGGGACGACACUGUUCCUUCUGACAUACUGAAUCACUGGACGAGGUGGAUGGCAGAGCUGGAUAUGCUGUCCAAGUUCAAGGUGGAAAGGUGCAUUAAACCAAAGGGUUUUGGAAACAUCACACAUGCUCAACUUCACCACUUUUCAGAUGCUAGUGAGACUGGGUAUGGAACUGUUACUUACCUCCGGAUGCAAAACAAUAGAAACAAUUUCCAUGUGGGAUUCUUGAUGGGCAAAGCUAGAGUUACGCUUACCAUUCCUCGCUUGGAGCUCACUGCUGCUGUAAUUGCUGUUCGCAUCGACUUGAUGCUUAGAACAGAGUUGCGGAUUCCACUGCAAGAAUCGGUCUUUUGGACGGAUAGUAUGUCCGUGCUUAAAUAUAUAAAGAAUGAAGACAAGCGUUUCCAUACAUUUGUGGCAAAUAGGGUCUCCACUAUAAGAGAAGCAUCAAAACCAUCACAGUGGCGAUACAUUAGUUCCAAGGAAAACCCAGCAGAUGAUGCAUCUAGAGGAUUAAGGAUUGGAGACUUCAUUGGAAACAACAGGUGGAUUAGCGGUCCAGGGUUCCUUUGUAAACCAGAAGAGGACUGGCCAGCCACCGUAGUGGAUACUGCGAUUGAAGCAGAAGAUUUGGAGGUUAAAAGGGAAGUUGUUGUGAAUGUAGUCAAUGUGAGUGACUCUUCUACCGGUACCAACCGUCUUAUUGCCCACUUCUCAGAAGGAGGGCAUUUGAGGCUUCUAAUACACAAAGGCAGCGUGAGAUGUCAGAAAGAAGAACCCUGUCGGUAGAUGAUCUGUGUGAGGCUGAACUUGCCAUAAUUCAAUACUGUCAACAGCAAAGAUUUAGCGAAGAAAUUGGCAAAUUGUCAUCAGAGAAUGGUGCCGUGAGCAGACAGAGCAUCCUCUACAAGUUGGAUCCAUGCUUGGAUGGCCGCCUCCUGAGAGUAGGAGGGCGACUGACAAAGGGUGCGUUGCCAGAAGAAACUAAACAUCCACUGAUUUUAUC